UCCCCGACUUCAUACUCUGGCAUGACAUGAGCAUUGCCAGCACUUGAUCUUGUACUUUUGGUCAAAAUUGGAGUAACCAAUUUCUUGUUUUUUGGUUUUUUAAACGUAAGUUUUUCUUCUGUCAGAAGUGUAGUUUCAGAUUCAAACGAACCUCUUCUCUUUUGGAGGAAUUGAAAAGCAGCAACUUUAUUCACUUGAUCAGCAGACACAUUCUUCAUACUUUCCGUUCCGUCCUCUUUCAAGUCAUACUUGGUCCACCUCUCAGGAUGCUUCAUAUAGUCAGGUGUAUACCUAGUCCCAUGUUUCGCCCUGGCAGGAGUUUUGAAGUACACACGAUGAACCCGGCCUCUGUACUUUAAUUCUCCGACGUAGGCAGAAGACGAGCUUUCUUCAGCUGGAGCUAGCUGAUCCCGCCUUACACACGGAGGUUUAGGUAAAGUGCCAAACACACGGUCCGCUCGUUCACGGAAUUGGCUGGAAAGACCAGUAAGCACAGAGGAAUCUCCUCCAACGACUUCACCACCACCCGACAUAAUAUGAAGGUAUAUAGGUGUGGAAAGAGAGUGGGUUUAGUGUCCGACGUGCGCAUGCGCAAGAGCUCACUUUGAACUUUGUGCUUUCUUUGUCCGCUCUCAGCUCGCGUUAGAAUCUUAUCUACCAGCAGAUGAUCCCUGGCAGCAAUUCGACAUGCAGCGCAAUCACUCUAGCCCUGAAGCUAAAGGUGGUGAUGGAGAUUACAUUCCGUACGUUCCAGUAAAGGAGAGAAAGAAAGCUGAAUUUGAGAAGUAUCGUAAACGGCACAGACCAGCUGACAUAGUUGCAGAGGAAAAUAAAGACAUUGGGAGUGAAGAUGACGCUAUUGGACCACGGUCGAAAGUCAGUCUCCUAGAUCAGCAUUCAGAGCUGAAAAAGAAAGCUGAAGCUCACAAAGUUUCCGAGUUAGACAAACAAAAGGAAGAAGAAGCAAAAAUAUUGCACGAUAUAAAAGAGGCAUCGGCUCUGAUGAGUGUUGCAGAGCUUGCAAAGGGUGUGGUUUACACUGAGCCACUUGUCACUGGAUGGAAUCCACCAAGGUAUAUUCUUGAGGCCCCAGAGAGUAAAAAUAACCGAAUUAGAAAGAAAUGGCAUAUUUUGGUCGAAGGAGAUAAUAUCCCACCACCAAUCAAAUCUUUUAAGGAGAUGAAGUUUCCUAAAGUUGUAGUAAAUUCCCUCAAGAAGAAGGGCAUAAUUCAUCCAACUCCAAUCCAGAUUCAAGGAUUGCCGGUCGUCCUCAGUGGUCGAGAUAUGAUUGGCAUUGCCUUCACUGGGUCCGGCAAGACUCUAGUGUUUGCUUUACCUCUUGUCAUGUUCUGUCUCGAACAAGAGAAGAAGCUGCCGUUUGGCCAGGGUGAAGGCCCCUAUGGUCUCAUGGUCUGCCCUAGUAGGGAGUUAGCUACUCAAACCCAUGAACUAGUCUGCUAUCUCUCAGAAGAGCUUGCACAUGAAGGAUUCCCUCGUCUCAAGUCUUUGCUUUGUAUUGGAGGGACAGCUGUAAGAGGCCAGGUGGAAGUCUUGAAACGUGGCCUACAUAUCGUCGUGGCUACACCUGGUCGCUUGAUGGACCUACUAGAGAAGCGAAUAAUGAACCUUGAGGUAUGUCGUUACCUGGUGCUGGAUGAGGCAGACCGCAUGAUUGACCUUGGCUUUGAAGAUGACAUCAGGACCAUUUUCUCCUUUUUCAAGUCUCAGAGACAGACACUUCUUUUUAGUGCUACUAUGCCAAAAAAGAUUCAAAACUUUGCUAAGUCUGCUUUAGUGCAACCAGUGAUAGUCAAUGUUGGACGUGCUGGUGCUGCUAGUCUUGAUGUGAUACAAGAGGUCGAGUAUGUGAAGCAGGAAGCUAAGAUUGUCUAUUUGCUUGAGUGUCUUCAGAAAACUGCUCCUCCAGUGCUGAUAUUUUCAGAAAAGAAAGCUGAGGUUGAUGAUAUUCACGAAUAUCUGUUGCUGAAAGGUGUAGAGGCUGUCAGUAUACAUGGGGGAAAGGACCAAGAAGAGAGACAGUGGGCUAUCAAAGAGUUCAAGAGUCAGAGGAAAGAUGUUCUUGUGGCAACUGAUAUAGCAGGGAAAGGACUUGAUUUUCCCAAUAUUCAGCAUGUCAUCAACUAUGAUAUGCCUGCUGAUAUUGAGAAUUAUGGUCUGUAUCUCAAUGUUGUCAGAACUUGCUGUAACCUUGUUGUUAUCCUAUGUAGUUCAUCGCAUUGGCAGAACGGGUAGGUGCGGAAAAACUGGAAUUGCUACAACCUUUGUAAACAAACUCUGUGGUGAGAUGUUACAACAAAACUACUGUAUUUCAAUCCACUUUUGUUCCUACAGAGGAAUCAGUGCUACGAGAUCUAAAGGCUCUACUGAUUGAAGGCAACCAGAAAGUACCUCCUUUUCUCCAUCAGUUGGAUGCUCUCAGUGAAGAUCUCCUUGACCUUGGGGAUGAAAAAGGGUGCUCAUACUGUGGUGGCCUUGGACAUAGGAUUACCGAGUGUCCUAAGCUGGAAAGUGUGCAACAAAAGAAAGCCAGUAACAUAUCAAGAAGAGAUUUCUUGGCGGAAUCUGCAGCCGAUUACUAAUUCAAUGCCACAAAACCUCUACUGUUUGUCCCGGAACACUUAUUUCACAAAUUUCACAAAUGCUGUUUUGCUUUCAUUCUGAUUGUCAUGCAUGAGUAUAUAUAUACCAAGAUUUUUUUACACAAUAUGUUAUGUAUCACCCAGUUCUGAGCAUUGUCUGCACUUGUGUGACAUAAGGGGCAACACAUACUUCUUCCAAUUUUGCUCUAGUGCGCUUUUGUGUACAGUAGCCAAGUUUGUAUUAAGAGCUGUUCACUCCAAGUGAGGUUGCACAUUCGUCAAUGUAUGUAUAUAGGAGUAGUAAAGCACUCUAACUGUGCACCGAAUCGAGUUAACAAUUGCGGCUUGAUAUAGAUACAAGAUACUGAACAAAACAUGACUAACACAUACAUAUACAUAGAGAAGCUAAGCUUGUAGUCAUUUAGACCCCACUCGAGUCUUCUUGUCCCAAGAAAAGUUAGCUCCAUAAGACUUUGAUACCGGCUUCUGUUUAUUUGCCUCUUCCACACUAUAUCUCCAACCGUUUUUGACAGCGAAUGCAAUGGCUUCUUCACUAGUGUCAAAUGUCAGCAUGCCACUGAUAUUGGAGAGGGGAUCCGCACUUGAGGUCCAGCCUAUUAGUGGGUUCUCCCAUCUCUCCUGAGUGUCAAACUCCAAUCUCCACUCCCUGGUGUUCCAGUUACCCGACUGCAUAGCGUUCUUUGCCGGAACAUAUAUUCUUGCUAUCCUGUUCAGUUGCUUUUCAGGAAUCCCACUCAGGGUGCUGACAGAUGUCUGAUCCGUGGGUUUCACUUCUUCCACACUCUUAUUCUCAUCCUUUGGGGUGGUCACCACUGAUUUAGUAUCCAUUGAAGAACACCUUGAUAGUAGGAAGACGCGGGUCCUAGCAGCUCCACCCCAACUGCGCCUCGUCAACGCCGACGCCAUUUUUUGAGUACACGUAUAAUACCUCUUCCUGGCGACUGGCAU